ACUGAAGGUAGCCGUGGUCAGUACGUCAGUAGCCGCGGGAACUCCGUGAAGGACUCACGUGUUUGACCAUUUAAAACAAGAAAAAUAUUAAACAUGUUAAGAAACAUGUUAACAGUGUUAUUAUUAAUAAUUGUAUCUGCAAGUGGCCAAUUAGUUCCAAGGACGUGCGAUGACUGCAUACUGCUAAGCGCCUGUCCGGGAGCGGUCUAUCAAGUCGCCAACCACAAGAACAAGCGCACGGAGGAGAUUAUCAGGAGUUCCAUUUGUUCUUCCGAGUAUGUCAACAGUAUCCCAAAGGUAUGCUGCUCCGCGUUCCCGCCAUCCCAGGAAGAGAUCGAUAACCAUCCUAACUUGAACUUACUACCGAGCGAGUGCGGAGAGAUAGAGGGUAGCCAGAUUGUCGGUGGAGAGGCCGCCAAGUUAUACGAAUUCCCCUGGAUAGUACUCAUAUCCUAUGAAACACGUAUCGGCAAACAGUUUCUCUGCGGAGGUAGCCUGAUAAACUCGUUGUAUGUGAUGACGGCGGCUCACUGUGUUAGAGAUAAGAAGAUUGCUGGAGUGAGAAUUGGUGAUCAUGAUUAUUCAUCCAAAGUUGAUUGCGAAAAGGACACCGAUAUAUGCGAGUCUCAUUAUCAGGACAUUGGGGUAUCGGAACGAAUUAUUUAUCCUUCAUACCAAGGCCCGCCUGUUGUCCGUCACGAUAUCGCGCUACUUAGACUGAAGAGACCAGCAGACCUUUCGCGCAGAAACUACGGUACCAUAUGUUUGCCAACAUCGAAGAAUCUAAGGGAACGCAAUCUUGACGAGGAGAGGGCUGUGGUUGCCGGCUGGGGUUUGACUGACAACAACACCGUUUCCACGCUUCUGCUCAAAGUUACCGUGCCCAUACGCUCCAGCGACAACUGCAAGCAGUACUACGGCAGAAACAGUAAAGAAGACAUCACGAAGACCAUACUUUGUGCGGGAGAGCUGGGUAAGGAUUCGUGCAAGGGAGAUUCCGGUGGUCCCCUGAUGGUGGCAGAGGAAGUGGACAAUGUAUACAAGUACAUUCAGCACGGAAUUGUCUCCCACGGGCCAAGCAAAUGUGGGUCCCUAUUCCCCGGAGUAUAUACCGAUGUCUCUUGGUACAUCAAAUGGAUAUUGGACACUAUUAAGCCAUAAGAAAUUAUAUCAAAUUAAUUUGUACGUUUCAUUUUCGAGAUAUAAAUAAAUGUAAGUUUAGAUAA